AUGCAGUCUAUCAUUGUUGAAUCACGUGCGGUUCGGAAACUAGUUCCAUGUUCUUUUCCCGCUUAUGGUAAGGAUCUGAUGUUGUGGAUAGAGUACAGCGACAAAGUACGCUGUGGUACCCAAUACAUGGCAGACGAGGAGUAUAAGCUGAAAGUGGAGCUUUCGGUCGAGCCUGUUGUGGUCACUUUCCUUUCCACUGUGGACGAUAAGUGCGGGGCUGUAGCCUCGAAUAUUGAGGAGCUGAGCGGCGAGUUCACAACCAUCAAGUUCUACUAUGUCGACGUCGGAAAGCACGCCAUGCUCUCCAGAGCCCUUUCCAACAGAGAAUUGCCUAUCGUCGUCUUUGUUAAAAAUGGCACAGACUUUUUGAGCCUAACCUCAGAUGUUUCCCUUUCAAGUAUUCGGGAAGGUCUCCAAGCACUCCAGACAGAAUAUUGUAAACCCCUUGCACUCCAUCGCUAG